CCUGAUAUACUUUCCUUGGACCCAUGCCGUGUCUCCUCAGUACCCCAUGAUAUGAUUUCCAUCUUUCUCAGCUACAAUUCGACUCAACUCUUUCUUCUUCCUCCAUAAUGUUUUUUCACUUAUCUUAGCAUCACCAAUUCAAUAACAUCUUGCUUCAAAUAUUUGGGAACCUACGUUGCACAAACUAUUUUUUUCAAGCUAUGAUGUCAAAUGAUCAAAUAAGAGUGGAAGGAGGAGAAGGAUCAUCAUCAAGAUCAUCAACCACUGUACUUCUAGCACCAUCUGACGACCAUCAUCAUCAGCCACCACCACCGCCCCAACUGAGCAGGUACGAGUCUCAGAAACGUCGCGAUUGGAACACUUUCGGACAGUACUUGAAAAAUCAAAGGCCCCCAGUUCCUUUAUCCCAGUCCAACUAUAACCACGUGCUAGAAUUUCUCCGAUACCUAGAUCAAUUCGGAAAAACUAAAGUGCAUUUACAUGGUUGCCCUUUUUUUGGGGAACCGGAGCCUCCGGGGCCUUGUACUUGUCCACUUAGACAAGCAUGGGGAAGCCUAGAUGCACUUAUUGGUAGGCUUAGAGCUGCUUAUGAAGAAAAUGGUGGCCUUCCGGAGAAUAAUCCAUUCGCGAGUGGCUCUAUACGCGUUUAUCUUCGAGAGGUAAGAGAUUUUCAAGCUAAAGCAAGAGGAAUUUCCUAUAAGAAGAAGAAAAAGAAGAGGAAGUUGCAAAAUAGGGCUAGUACUACUAGUGCUGAGGCAACUCCUACCUUUCAGUUGCAAUCUUCUUGAAUUUCAAUUUGGCUUCUGAAGGAACAAGCAAAAGGUAAAUUGCUAUGGUUUUACAAUAAGAGGAUUAUUUGCUUUGUUCUUUUCCAAACAUGCCACAGUUUUCUGAUACCUUGAGUUGCGAACAAGUUGAUUGUUAAAUAUAAAUAUAUAUCUAGUUCCACAUGAAUUAUGAA